AUGGUUACCUUACAGUGCUACACAUCAGAAGAGAUUCUACAGAUUCAUAACAUGGACAGUGACAUUGACAUUGACCGGCACAAAAUGGUUGAAAUGUGUCCAGUUAUACUACAGCAAAUAAGUAAAGGAUGUGCUGAUGAUGAUGAUGCUGAUCAAGAUGAUGGCGAUGAUGAUGAAACUUUGGAUUUUGAACACUUUUGGUUACACAGGGUACUUAGAAAUGUUGGUAAUGAAACAGAUGAUAGUGAUGAUUCCCCAACGGCAGCUGAAGCUGUGGGUACAUUAUCCGGUAGUGCAUUGCUGCAUCUAUUGCCUGAGGCUCAUAGAGUACCCGCAGGUGAACUUGAUUUUGUUUGGAUAAACACAACAGCACUUGGUGGAAUCUAUCUAUUUUUCUUGACAGAAAAGAUCAUGAAAAUAUAUAUUAACAGGAAAAAGCGAUUGGCCAAAGAAGCUGAAACAACUGGUGUUGAACUUAUAUCUGUUGAUAUAUGUUCUUUGAUGGCAAAGCCGGGACAUUCUGAGCAUCGAAUACUGGACCCAGUGAAAGAAGCAGCAAAUCCUAUUGAUAAAGAUAAGUGUAUUGAUACCAGUGAUGAUACUAGCAAGGAUACUACAGAUUCUGAAAAUUCUGAAAUUCUGGAGAAUGAAGUCGCUGUUGCUACCAGUGCUACCAGCAAGGACAAUGACCUUCAGGUUUGA